AUGGACCCCGCAGAGUUAGAGCAGUUGCGCACCGCCAUUACAACCCAAGGCGCAGUUCUGGGUGAACGGCACACCAAGCUGCAGUCGCUAGAGGCGAGUGUCAACUCCAUCGCCAGUUUGGUUGGAGAGCUUCAGCAGCUGAUAGCGGAUCACUCCAGAGCUAGUGGGCCGCACAGCCUUCCUGAUCUCAGUGAGAACCAAAUCCAAGGUGUUCCAAGGAAAGCCUUCAGAGGAGCUGUGGAGAUCAAGAACCUCCAGUUGGACUAUAACCACAUCAGCUGUAUUGAAGAUGGAGCCUUCAGAGCUUUACGCGACCUGGAAGUACUCACCCUUAACAACAAUAACAUCAGUCGACUGUCUGUGGCCAGUUUUAACCACAUGCCGAAGCUCAGGACAUUUCGUCUGCACUCCAACAACCUGCAGUGUGACUGCCACGUGGCCUGGCUGUCAGAAUGGCUGCGACAGCGCCCCCGUCUGGGACUCUACACUCAGUGCAUGUCCCCGCCACACUUAAGGGGACACAACGUGGCAGAGGUGCAGAAAAAGGAGUUUGUCUGCACAGAUGGUGAUGAAGGUCACCAGUCCUCGUCGUAUUCCUCCUGCAGUGUGUUACAGUGCCCAGAGUCCUGUACCUGCAGUAACAACAUAGUGGACUGCAGAGGGAAGGGACUGACAGAAAUACCCACAAAUCUGCCCGAGACUAUUACUGAGAUCCGACUGGAGCAAAACGCCAUCAAGGUGAUCCCGGCCGGGGCCUUUUCCCCCUACAAGAAGCUGCGCAGGAUAGACCUGAGUAACAACCAGAUAUCGGAGUUGGCCGCUGAUGCGUAGGGACUGCGCUCCCUCAACUCUCUAGUGCUGUACGGCAACAAGAUCACUGAGAUCUCUAAGGGACUGUUUGAGGGACUGUUCUCCCUGCAGCUACUGUUGUUAAAUGCUAAUAAGAUCGCGUGUCUCCGCGUGGACGCCUUUCAAGAUCUCCACAACCUCAACCUGCUCUCCCUGUAUGACAACAAGCUCCAGACCAUCGCCAAGGGAACCUUCUCAUCACUAAGAGCCAUACAGACACUUCAUCUGGCCCAGAAUCCAUUCAUCUGUGAUUGCCAUCUGAAGUGGCUGGCGGACUACUUGCAAGACAACCCUAUUGAGACCAGUGGUGCUCGCUGCACCAGCCCCCGAAGGCUCGCCAACAAACGCAUUGGGCAGAUCAAGAGCAAGAAGUUCCGCUGCUCAGCUAGAGAACAGUAUUUCAUCCCAGGUACGGAGGACUACCGCAGCAAGCUGGGAGGGGACUGUUUCGCCGACCUAGCCUGCCCCGAGAAAUGCCGCUGUGAGGGCACCACCGUCGACUGCUCCAACCAAAAACUCACCAAGAUACCCGACCACAUCCCCCAGUACACUGCCGAACUGCGUCUGAACAACAACGAGUUUGCUGUGCUGGAAGCGACGGGGAUCUUCAAGAAGCUACCUCAGCUGAGGAAGAUCAACCUGAGCAACAAUCGCAUUACCGACAUCGAGGAGGGGACGUUUGAAGGGGCCGCGGGGGUCAACGAGCUGAUUUUGACCUCCAACAGGCUGGAGAACGUACACCACCGCAUGCUGAAGGGGCUCAGUGGCCUCCGCACACUGAUGCUAAGGAGUAACCGUAUAAGCUGUGUGAGCAACAGCAGCUUCGUGGGGCUGAGCUCGGUGCGUCUCUUAUCGCUCUAUGACAACCAGAUUACCUCCAUGAACCCGGGGGCUUUUGACACAUUGCACUCCCUGUCUACACUGAACCUUCUAGCCAAUCCCUUCAACUGUAACUGUCAUCUGGCCUGGCUCGGCGAUUGGCUGAGGAGGAAGCGGAUUGUAACGGGGAACCCGCGCUGCCAGAGUCCUUACUUCCUGAAGGAGAUCCCCAUCCAGGACGUGGCCGUCCAGGACUUCGCCUGUGAUGACGGUAACAACGAGAACAGCUGCUCUCCGGUGCUGAGGUGCCCUGCAGAGUGCUCCUGCCUGGACACGGUGGUGCGCUGCAGCAACAAGGGCCUAACUGCCCUCCCUAAAGGCCUCCCCAAGGAGACCACUGAGCUGUAUCUGGACGGGAAUCACUUUACUCAGGUCCCAGUGGAGCUCUCCAAUUAUAAGCAUCUAACACUUAUCGACUUGAGUAACAACCAGAUCAGCACCUUGUCCAACCACAGCCUCAGUAAUAUGUCCGAGCUGCUUACCCUAAUUCUGAGCUACAACCGACUGCGGUGCAUCCCCGUGAGGGCCUUCGAUGGACUGAAGUCGCUACGCCUGCUAUCUCUGCAUGGUAACGAUAUAUCUGUGAUACCAGAGGGAGCCUUCAAAGACCUGUCGUCGCUGUCCCACCUCGCCCUGGGUGCGAACCCGCUGUACUGCGACUGCCACAUGCAGUGGCUGUCCGACUGGGUGAAGAGCGGGUACAAGGAGCCUGGUAUCGCCCGGUGUACCGGGCCCGGCGACAUGACCGACAAACUCCUGCUAACCACGCCCUCUAAGAAGUUCACCUGCACAGAAGUCCCCGGGCCUUGUGGUUUUCUUGUGCCAGGCCCAGUGGACUUGAAUAUCCAGGCCAAGUGUGACCCCUGCCUGUCCAGCCCCUGCAAGAACGACGGCACCUGCUCCAACGAUCCCGUGGACUUCUACCGCUGCUCCUGCCCCUAUGGAUUCAAGGGCCAGAACUGUGAGGAGCCAAUCCACGCCUGUAUCAGUAACCCAUGCCAGAACAGCGGCACCUGCCACCUGAAGGAAGGCGUAGAAAGCAACUUUUGGUGUGUGUGUCUGGAGGGUUUUGAAGGGGACAUGUGUGAGAUCAACAUCGAUGAUUGUGAAGAUAACGACUGUGAGAACAACUCCACUUGUGUUGACGGAAUCAACAACUACACAUGCAUGUGUUCACCAGAGUACACAGCUGCUACCAAUGAGGUGGAGAGAGGGGAGCUUUGUGAAGAGAAGCUGGAUUUCUGCGCUCCAGAGCUGAACCCAUGUCAACAUGACUCAAAAUGCAUUCUGACCACUCAGGGAUACAAGUGUGAGUGCACUCCAGGCUACAUAGGGGAGCACUGUGAGUUGGACUACAAUGACUGUGAAGAGAACAAGUGUCAGAAUGGCGGCCAGUGUAUUGAUGCUGUCAAUGGAUACACCUGUGUCUGUCCAGAGGGAUACAGUGGGCUGUUCUGUGAGUUCUCUCCCCCGAUGGUCCUUCCCCGCACCAGCCCCUGCGACAACCACGACUGCCUGAACGGGGCGCAGUGUGUCGUGGUGGGAUCGGACCCCCGUUGCCAGUGUCUCCACGGCUUCCAGGGAGAGCGCUGCGAGACGCUGGCCAGUGUCAGCUUCAUUAACCGCGAGUCCUACCUGAAACUCCCCUCCAGUCUCAUCUCUCCGGAGACAAACAUCACCCUACAGAUCGCCACAGACGAGGACAGCGGCGUGCUGCUGUAUAAAGGAGACAUCGAUCACAUUGCCAUGGAGUUGUACAGGGGACGCCUGCGGGUCAGUUAUGACACGGGAUCCUACCCGCCCUCCGCUAUAUACAGUGUGGAGACUGUUAAUGAUGGAAGUUUCCAUGCUGUGGAGUUGGUGGCAUCUGACCAGACCCUGUCCCUGUCUAUCGAUGGCGGACCGCCCAAAUCCAUCAAUUCCCUCAGCAAACAGUCCACACUCAGCAUAGACUCCCCACUUUACCUUGGAGGAAUGCCGGAGCAUGCCUCUCUCUCCGGGGGCCUGUCAGCCCUGCAGCACAGCUCAGGGGGUCGCAACGGCACCAGCUUCCACGGCUGCCUCCGAAACGUCUACAUCAACGGGCAGCUCCAGGACCUGGGGGCGGGGCUGGGGCUCGGAGCUGGAGGAGCAGGCUCAGGAUCCGGACAGGGCACCGGUGGACAGUGGUCGGGCCACGGAGUGGAACCAGGUUGCCAGCCCUGUCAGAGAGGGGCCUGUGAACAAGGGGACUGCCAUCCUACAGGGCACAGCGGCUUCACCUGUACCUGCCACCCCGGGUGGACAGGAACACUGUGUGAUCAGCAAGUUAACAACCCCUGUGAUGGGAACAAGUGUAUCCACGGCACCUGCCUUCCAAUAAACUCCUACUCCUACUCCUGCCGCUGCCAGCCUGGCUUCGCCGGUGUGCUCUGCGAUGAGCAGGACCGGGAAUCGGCCGAUCCCUGCAGUCUUGCCAGCUGUAAACAUGGUAAAUGCAGACUGUCUGGUCUGGGCAAAGCAUACUGUGAGUGUAACAGUGGAUACACCGGGGAAGCCUGUGACAAAGAGGUGGCCUGCCGAGGGGAACGGGUCCGAGAUGUCUACCAGAGACAGCAAGGCUACGCGGCGUGCCAAACCCAGGAGAAGGUCUCCCGCCUAGAGUGUCGGGGAAGCUGCCAGGGGGGCGCAGACGGACAGGGCACCUGUUGCACCCCCCUCCGCAGCAAACGCAGGAAAUACACCUUCCAGUGCACCGACGGUUCUUCCUUUGUCCAGGAGGUGGAGAAAGUGGUCAAGUGCGGCUGUACAAAGUGUUCGUAA